GUCAAGACUCGAGAAAACACGGAAGUGUCAGAAAUCAGUCUGUUUUUUCCUGUCGGGAGCAGCACCGUGGACAGAGACCGUCACAUGAUCGCACUGAUACAGAGGCGUAUUUCCCGAUGGCCUGAGCUGGACUGAAGUAACAUCGUGUCGAGUUAUCAGACCACCCGUGUUACACACCGUGUCAUGGAGAGAUUAGAGGCUGCAUCAGAGCUCCAGUCGCGGCUGUCGUCCCUGUCCUUCUCGUCGUUCCCCGGAAUCACAUCCAAACAGUGCGACAACCGACCGCUGGACAGGCUCCAGAACACGGACCUUUCACAGAGCUGCGCCCAGUCCAAGAACCAAGCUGACAUGGAUGAAACCAAGGAGGAUUCAGGGCAACAUGCUGAGGGUAAUCAAGAGGCCCCUGCUGAGCCGGCCCCUGGGGAAGGAAGCGAGGAGAACAACAGCGCUGGGAGCUGUCAACCCUCCGCUGAGAUGAAAGCCCAGAUGCCCCCUCUUAACCCCCCAACAACAUGGACAUCUGCUGCACUGAAGGAGCUAAAGGCAAAGCUUCGAAUGGAGGAGGACAGCGUGGUGACAGUGUACCGAGGCGACAUCAUGACAGUUCACGUGCCCACUGUCCCCGAGGCCAAAAAAGUGUGCUGGGAGUUUGCUACAGACGGCUACGACAUUGGCUUUGGCAUAUAUUUUGACUGGACUCCUGUCACCAGCCGGUCUAUCACAGUGCACAUCAGCGAGUCAAGUGAUGACGAAGAUGAAGAGGAGGAGCUGGAAGGGCCCGUCGGUAACGGAGACGUCGAGAAGGGCUCCAAAAAUCAAACCAACUCAAACUUGGCUGAAAUCUUACCUGUAUACCGCCAGGACAGUCACUUGUCCGUCAACGGGGGGAGCCACGAUUUUCCAGGUGAAGGCACUUACCUCCUGAAGUUCGAUAACUCCUACUCACUAUGGCGAAAUAAAACUCUUUACUACAGAGUUUAUUACAGUGCCUGAGAUGCCAAUUUACUGUUUAUGAAUGUAUGCUUUACAUAAGAAUACUUCCCUUAAGAACUAUUUUUUGAUUCCUUACUUGGAAAAAAGUUAUAAUAUAAAAGGUUAAAUAUAGGCAUAUCUAUUUUUUAUCACUAUCAGCUUGUGUUGCCAUUUGUUGAGUUUACGUAAACGGUCAGAUAGUUUUGAACGCAACAUUUGCUCCAAUGUCUCGCUGAUAGAUAUUUGAUGAAGCCUUGCAUAUGUGCCAUAUUCCUAUGUAUGCACUGUGCUACGUCAGUGCCCAUCAUAAAACAUAUAUCGGUCGUCACAUUUCUAUGGUAGCAGUGAUCAGGGAACACCUGCACAGAAUAUAUUUCCCUAGUCCAGGUGCUUAAUCAGCAGUGCUCUACAGAAAUGAAGGUUUUUUUUUGUUGUGUGUGUGUAUACGAGCACUUUCUGUGAUUAUGGUUAUGUUGCUUUGUUGGUGUUACUUAUAUUUAUCCUUCUGCUUUGUAGCAUAACUUAUUUUCUAUCUGUGUUAAAUCGAAUCAUGUGAUAAUGGAGAAUAUAAUUACGUGAUACAAAUUCUGUGCACAGAGCCGUCUACUGUCAUAGUGGUGUGUUGGUAAAAAGUUGAAUGUACCGAAAGCAAGUGUGCUUUUUAUGACACAAAUAAAAGUCAUCCCUUAUCGCAUAAAGCUCUUAUUAUGUAAUAUUGAUUCAAUAUUUACAUUUGCCUCACCCCCACCCUUUAAUUUGCUUUUUCUGAGCUAGGGAGCGGUUGUAAUAGUCCAUCUAAAUGUAUUUUGUGCACAAGGUCUAUGUAAGUAAAGGUCAGUGUGUUUGUUUUUGAAUAUCCUCAGCGUGAUGAACAGCCUCGUUCCAUCCUGUUUCUGAAAUCAGUGCUUCUGCUACACCUCACUUGUGCGCAUGUUCCCAAAGAUGUCACAGAUUUGGCUGCUAAUGCUGUAUACAAUGUAAAGCAACUGGUUUAAAGCUUCCCAUGUUUGCUGUACUGUACCUUUACUGUAAGUUAUGAUGACAUUUGUUCCUGAAAUUUAUAUUCGAAAAAUAAAGAUAAGAUUGUGA